CUCACUACCCCCUUCCACGGUCUCCAUUACCGAACCGGCGCAGUGAGGCGAGGGGAUUCGUAACGAGUCACUCUCUCAACAAUAAUGUCUUCAAAUCGAAGUUAUAACUGCCUCAAAAAGGAGGCGAUAAUGAAAUCGCUGGCGCACAGGCAGCGCAGUGAGUCCAGCUUGUGAUCUUCUGACCUCUGUGGACCCUUGAGUCGAGAUGGCGACCCACCGAAAGCAUCUGGUCCGAGAUUUCAACAGAUACAUCACUUGCUCCAUUUGCCGUGGGUACUUGAUCAAGCCCACAGCUGUCACAGAAUGCCUGCACACCUUUUGUAAGAGCUGUAUCGUUCAGCAUUUUGAGGAGAGUAAUGAGUGUCCUGAAUGUGGGAUACAAGUCCACGAAACAAAUCCUUUAGAGAUGCUGAGGCUAGAUAAGACCCUAGAGGAGAUCAUCUUUAAACUGGUGCCUGGACUAAGAGAAAAGGAGGAACAUCAGGAAAGUGAAUUUUGGAGAAAACACAAGAUCAAAUCAAAUGGAGAAGAUGGUCCUAGAGCUAAGAAAUCUCGACUGAGUGGUGAAGAUGAUGAUGGGAAUGGUGGCGACUACCACAGGAGUGAUCCUCAGAUUGCUAUUUGUCUGGACUGUCUAAGAAACAAUGGCCAGUCAGGAGAAAGCAUAGUUAAGGGUUUAAUGAAGAAAUUCAUCCGCUGCUCCACCCGUGUUACAGUGGGAACCAUUAAGAAGUUCCUCUGUGUAAAGUUGAAGCUGCCAAGCUCUUAUGAGCUUGAUGUUUUGUGUAACGGUGAGAUUAUGGGUAAAGAUCACACCCUGGAGUUCAUCUACCGAACUCGCUGGAGACUUCAAGGGGACAGUGCUUAUCCCAUGGUUCUCGAGUACCGUCCAAGGAUCGACUUUGGCUAAACCACACUUACAGCUUACAGCAGAAAUCUCAUGCAGACUGAUGUCAAGAGAUGAACUAAAUGCAGAAAAACUGAAUGAUUGUGCCUCCGUUGAAAGACAACAACACAAUGCCCGGUGACUGACAGGACUGCUCUGUUCCUUCUGUGCACUCAGCCUUUAAUUCUCCGUUCCUCCCUCCUUCA